AUGGUAGCUCUGGUUCGCUACCACCAGGUCUCAAGGGGAACAAGCUUAUUCGUCAUGUUCAACAAACUCUCUCUCCUCGCUUUCACCCUCUGCGCGCUUUCGGCGCAUGGUCAACUCGUCGGCACAUACGAGACCGAGACCCAUCCGUCGCUCUCCUGGCAGAGAUGCACCAGGAGUGGCUGCCAGAACGUCUCUGGUAGCAUCGUCCUCGACUCCAACUGGCGCUGGGUCCAUAGCAAAUCCGGCUACACCAACUGCUAUACCGGCAACACCUGGGACAAGACACUCUGCCCUGACAACAAGUCCUGCGCGACCAACUGCGCUCUCGAGGGCGCCAGUUACUCCAGCACUUACGGUAUCACGACGAGCGGCAACGCCCUUACUCUCAAGUUCAUCCAGCCCAACAGCAACGGCAAGAACAUCGGUUCACGUGUCUACCUCAUGGCAAGCGAGUCGAAGUACCAGAUGUUCAAGUUGCUCAACCAGGAGAUCACCUUCGACGUCGACGUCUCGAAGCUUCCGUGCGGCCUUAACGGUGCGGUCUACUUCUCCGCUAUGGACGAAGACGGUGGCAUGUCGCGUUUCUCGACGAACAAGGCCGGCGCCAAGUAUGGAACAGGGUAUUGCGAUUCUCAAUGCCCUAGGGACAUCAAGUUUAUCAACGGAGAGGGUAAUGCAGAGGGAUGGGAGCCUUCUUCCAACGACUCCAACGCAGGCAACGGCGGGUAUGGCACGUGCUGUAACGAGAUGGACAUUUGGGAAGCCAACUUGAUUUCGACUGCGUACACGCCUCACCCAUGCGAGGGCACCCAGUCCUCCCGUUGCAGCGGAAGCGCCUGCGGCGGCCAGAACAACCGAUACGGCAGUAUCUGCGACCCCGACGGGUGCGACUUCAAUUCGUUCCGCAUGGGCGACAAGUCCUUCUACGGCCCCGGACUGACGGUCAAUACCAACUCGAAAUUCACUAUCGUCACUCAGUUCCUUACCGACACUGGCACUUCCUCCGGCACCCUCAAGGAGAUCCGCCGCCUCUACGUCCAGAACGGCAGGGUUAUCCAGAACUCCAAGGUCAGCAUUCCCGGGAUGGCUGCCCACGACUCGAUUACGACCCAGUUCUGCAACGAGGCCAAGGCGGCGUUUGGCGACCGCGACUCCUUCGGCCAGCACGGCGGGAUGGGAGGUAUAUCCAAGUCAAUGACGGCAGGCAUGGUGUUCGUUCUCAGCAUCUGGGACGACCACACCGCAAACAUGCUCUGGCUCGACUCCAAUUAUCCGACCGACGCCGACCCCAACAAGCCAGGUAUUGCUCGUGGUACCUGCCCCACCUCGUCCGGCGUCCCAGCUGAGGUGGAGUCCUCUGCUGCCAACGCACAAGUUGUCUAUUCCAACAUCAAGUUCGGCGACAUCGGUUCGACUUACAGCGGAACGGCUUAA